AUGGUGUCAACCCUCUCAGCGGCUCUCGCCCUUAUAUCCGCCGCCCGAUGGGCCUCGGCUGCGUCGGUCGCUGGACGACAGGCCACGGGCGAUGCUGAAUGCCGUGACGUUCACAUCUUUCUCGCCCGCGGGAACAACGAACCGUAUCCCGGCCGCCAGGGGAAGCUCGUCACCGCCAUCUGCGACGGCCUCGACAGCUGCGACUACGAAGACAUCCAAUUCUACAACCCGUUGCCGGCGCCGUACUGCCAGUCUAUCGUAGAUGGUGUCGCGAACGGGACCGCCCAGAUCACGGCAUACAACAAGCGGUGUCCGGACGCGGCGCUCGUUGUCAGCGGAUACUCCCAGGGCGCCCAUGUUGUCGGCGACGUCAUGGGCGGCGGAGGCGGCACUUUCUUCCAAGGUUGCCAGCAGAAGCCGACCCCGGGCAUGGACGCAACGAAGGCGCCCGGAAACAAGAUUGCUGCUGUGCUUCUCUUCGGCGACACAAGGCAUACUGCCAAUCAGCCCUACAACAUCCUAGGGGGUGCCCCAGACAACGGGCUGUUCCCCCGUCCGGCGAAUCAGCUCGCCGGUCUCAUGGCCUUCUCAAAGGUGGCACGUUCGUACUGCGCCGACUCGGACCCGAUCUGCGCCGGCGGCAAAACCGCGGCCAACCACCUCAACUACUUUGACAUCUACUCUGGCGACGCCGGGAAGUGGGUGCAGGAGAUGGUCGGAAAGCCCGACACGACGACGUCUUCUAUGCCGACAAGCGCAUCGCCCACAACGUCCGUGGCCCCCAGCGCACCAGCGAUCCCGUCCAUCAGCGCACCGGAAAUCCCGUCCGUCAGCGCGAACCCCUCGGGCGCGUUGUCUCCCGCCUCGCCGACGCCCGUAGAGCCGGCCCCGGCGACUCCAACGGCCGAAAAUGCCGGCUCCUCUUCGACCACCGCGGAAAGUGCGGCGACGGCCUUGGCCUGCAGGUCGGUUCUCCUGGGGACCGCUGGACUAGCCGCCCUGGUUGUUUCCGGGAUGAUUUGA